AUGGAAAACUAUUUUGUGAAUGUCAAAGCGAACAAGAACUGUCAGAUAGAAAUCAAGGACGACGUUGACUUAAUUCUCAAACUUUUUUCUUUAACGAAGUCCAAGGAAGGCACCAACGAGCUUAAAAUCACAUUUGAAACGACGUCUGGCAAGUCCGGGUUUAUAGGGUUUUUAGAUGAGAAGUCCGGGAGUUAUCAAAUCGUCACAAACCUUCGCUUUACAGGGGGGGACACUGUGACAUUUAUGGUUGUGGGAAGCGGUGAAUUAUAUAUCUCCGGGUGUUUACUCAACUGCAAUGAACUGGCGAAUAAUUGA